UCUAUUCGGUUGCAAGUUGUAAGUUGAUUCAGUUUACUGAUUACUCAAAGUAAUUCAUACAAUUUUUAAUCACAAUCUAUAAGGAUUAUAAAUCAGUUAAUUGUUAAAAUUCAUUGGUCAGUUGAUUGUUUCGUUAAUUUGAUUUAGUUUUUUUUCCAUUCGCCAUCAACCUAACAAUUUAAUUCCUUUUUUUGAACGAAUCACCACCAGGUAUCAUUUUCCCUCCUUUCAUUUGGUGUUUACUGUUGAAAUUAAACGGAAAUUAAAAAUUUUGAUCCAGUCUAAUUAAGAUUAUUUUAAUUGUCCUUCUACCUGUCCAACAGUAAUUAACUUUUCUACAAUUAAGAGCAAUUUACUUUGUUUGUUUGUGAUUAAUGUUUCCAAAAGCAACUCUACACAUUCAUUCAGAAGAUACAAAUGUUUGGGUUAACAUUUCAAUGUGCCCAUUGAAGGCAACGUGUUUUUUUGGCUCUCACUUUGUUUUUCUCUCUCUUUACUAAUUAACUUUCUGUGAGUUAAUUAAUUGUGAUCAAUGGAUUAAAUGGAUAAAUGUUAUACUCUAUCAAUCUCAACUUAUUGGAUUAAAUCAGUAAAUCAUCAAAUAUCUAAAUCAAUUGGGGAAAGCAAAGGUUGAUCAUCUGUUUUGUCUCUUACACCAACAAUCAAACUCGAAACUGUUUAAAUCUCUUCCUGUUGCUAAUUACUGUAUUUACCAUUGUCAUUGGAAUCGGUCAUUGAAUUAUAUUGACAAUGAAACGCGUUGUGACCUCAUUGUUUCGUAAAAAUGGUCACGGAGGUUCAACCGGUGGAAACAAUAGUUCAAAUGAUUAUCUAAGUGAAGGAAGUUACAGAGAUUUAAGUUUCCCAUUGGACGAUGAUUAUGAUAAUUUAUAUCGUUCAGGUAGACGAGGAAAUUGUUCUGAUUCAAUGAGUUAUCAUCAUUCAUCAUCAUCUGAUCCUGUGUCAACAAUUUAUUUACCUCAAACUUGUGACAGUGAAAACAAUCAACACGUUAUUUUAUCAAAAACAACAACAACAACAUCAUCAACACCAUCAACGAUUGACUUUACACCGGUUUACCAAGGUAUCCCACCAAUUACAUUAACAAUUACUAACAAUCAACAAACUGCUUGUGAUUAUCCUGCAAAUAAUAUGGAUUGUGAUUAUUUAAGUAAAACUAAUCAACGUUACUCUAAAUCAUCUCGCCUGAGAAAUUGUUUAUCUCAUUCAGCAUUAGACGAUAUUAAUCAAUCGGAAAGAUUAUUGAUUGAUAAUAAUAAUUUAACUUCAAUUUCCAAUGUUAUCAAUGAUUCAUUGACUGUAAAUGAUGGUGACCUUGUCUACGCCAUGUUUGGUGACAAUGGACAAGGUGAAGGUUUAAUUAAUACAAUUAACGGUGAUGUUAAACGUAACAUUGAAUCAAGUCUUUCUAAUGGCGGAUUAACUUUGGGUGGAGUAAAAGUUUCAGGCAGAGGAGGUAAAACUCAAGCUGAAGGUGUCAACACCAUCACCAACACCACCGCCACCGCCACCAACAACAACAAUUAUCCAACCAAUAUGAUUGGUGAUGUUGAUAAUUAUUCAAACAUAAAAGGUUUACGUGGUUGUGGUUCUGAUAAUAGUAGGAUUGAUGUUAAUAAUAUCACUUCAACCAUUGACGAUUCUUGUAAACAAUUGCCGAUAGUAACAAUUAAUCAACACCAACCUAAACCAUCAUCAUCAUCACCAUUGACUGGGACCGUUAAUUGUUUUGGUGAAUUAACUUGUAAUCAAAGUGAACUUGUUCAAAGUAAAAAGACCAAUUUAUGUGCCAAGAAAAAAGCGAAUAUAUUGAAAUGUUCAGCAUUGAAUAGUUUCGGUAAAUUGUUGUACGAAGAUUGUGAUCGUGAAGGUAUUUGGAAUUCAUUGGAAUCAACAACAGAAUCAUCAUCAUCUCCACCUGAUAACAUCAUCAUGGAAAGAGAAACAAUUAAUUACAAUGAGUCAUCUUAUUCCAAUGAGACUAAUGAUAUUUAUCUGACCAAUGAUGAGGUUACAUGGGAUCGUGAGAGUAAUCAUUUUAUUGGUAAUGAUGAAAGUAAAAUAAUUACAUCAACAAGUAAUCAUAAUCAUCAUGUAAAUGAUGAUGAUGAUGAUAAUGUUGAUGAUGGUAAAUGUAAUGAUGAUCAACAUGAGGCUGGUAAUGAAGAGGAAUACAAUUUAUGGAAACGGAUUGUUGAAAAUUCUAAUGCAAAUGAUAAUUUACUAAUUGACCAUGAUGUUGAUCGGAAAGUUGGUAAUACCAACAGUUCAUUAAUAUUAAGUUUACCAUCACUUGGAAUGAUCAACCAACAACAACAACAACAACAACACCAAGGUGAUCACAAGGCCAACAACAACACCACCAACAAGAACCUAAAUGUUUACAGGAGUAUUUCAACUUCAGCCUUAAUUUGCAGCGGUAAUCGUGGCGGUGGCGAUGAGAGUGAUAGUUGUAGUGGUAACUUUUUAAUUGCUGAUGAACCAGAAAAGUUAGUUAAACGUAUUGGUAAAGUUUCUGCUGAUGUAACCAGAUUAAUGGAAAGUGAAGGUCUUCACUUUAAUCCAUCAUCACUUUCAGAUUUUACAACCAAUUAUUCAACUGAAAAUAAUCCUCCACUUAAUCAUCAUCAUCAUCAUCAUCAUCAACAACAGCAACAACAUAGUAAUUGUAGUAAUCUUGUUAGUCGAAGCUGUGAAAAUAUUCUGGUCUCUUAUGAUGAUGGUGAUGAUAUUUACACCAAACCAAAUCAAUAUCAACUUACUCACUCAAAGAUGAAUCAAGAUUCAUCUCUAUUUCCAAAGGAUUCAACUGGUCAGUCUCAAAGCCAUCAACAGCUUCCAUCUUCUUCCUCAUCUCAGAAUCUUCAGUCUCACCUACAACAACAUUUAACAUCUCAUUCUGAUUCAUCAUCAUCAUCAUCAUCUGCUGAUGUUGUUUCUUCCUCCUCUGCCACUACCUUAUCAUCAUUAAAAGUUAACUCAAAUUGUGAUGAAACAAUAACAACAACAACAACAACAAAUAAUAAUAAUAACAAUUCAACCAAAGAUUGUGGUCAAUUUAAACAUCCAUCAAUAAUUGUUAAGCCAUGUACCACUCUAUCAAUUAAACAACAUCAUCUUCAUCAACAUCUUCUCUCUGAAAAUUAUACCUCAUCAUCAUCAUCAACUUCCUCUUCCUCUUCAUCCUCUGGUUUUAAUACAAAUAAAAACUUGGAAAACGAUAACGAUUCAGUUACCAGUUCAGUUCAACAUCGUUCAGAUGAAUCAGGUUACGAAUCAGAUGGAACUGGUCAUAAAACUGAUAAUAUUGAAGUGAUUGAUGGUCAUCGUGUCCAUCCUGGUGUUACUGGCCUUUUACCUUCUCCAUCAUCAUCCUCGUCAUCAUCUUCCUCUUCAACUUCGUCCUCAUGUUCAUCAACAGCCUCAUCUUCAUCAUCCUCAUCAACCAUUUCUAAUUUGCCACAAGCAGUUAUUCAAAUGCCAUCGGUGAUUCCUGCCAAUAAUAUUGAUAAUCCAUCAAUCACUGUAAUCACAUCAACUAACUCUCAACAAUUAACCUCCAUCACCAAUACCACCACCACCACCACCACCACCACCACCACCUCUUCAAACAUUUAUCCCACCUCCCAAUCAACGACAAUUACAUCAACAUCAACAACGACAACUCCUUCAAUUGCCAUUACUACAAAUUCACAAUCAACCAAAAAUCGUAAUUCUCAUCAUGACAAUUUACUCAAAUUUACUUCAUUCUUACAAAAAUUAAAACCAACAAGCGGAAAUUAUUCAUUUCAUAAUAAUAAUAAACAAGAAUUCAGAGUUGGACCUUUAAAGGACACGAGUGAUAAUGUGAUUCAAUCUGAAGUCUCAUCGUUGAAUAUGAGCAACAAGAGUAUCAAAAGUAACAACAGUCUGAAUAAUAAUAAAGCUCCUGGACCAGGUACACCUCCAUUGAAUAACCUUUGCUCUUCAUCUCGACCUCACGUUAAGGAUUCAACCGCUAAAUUAAUGGGUCAAUUUAAGGCUUGGACACUUGAUAGAAAAUUUUUACGUGGUCGUAAUAAAAAAUCAUCAGCUUCUGGAAACGGUGAAGGUGCUAAUCGAUGUUCAACUGGAUCGACCUUAGAUUCAACCUUGGAUUCACCAUCUAUCGGAGGUGAUACACCAGAUUGUUCAAUGAUGUUACCUUCAACUACCACCACCAAUUUAUUAUCAUCAACAUCAUCAUCAUCAUCAUCCUCUGUUCAUCAUAAGCUUUCAGCUGGUGGUUCAUAUUUAAAGCGAGCAAAUCUUUUUGGAGCCGUUUUCUCAGCUAAUAAUGGUUCAUCUUCAUCUUCAUCAUCAUCUGUUUCCCACCAUCGUUUCCCUGGUAAUAAUCAUCAUCAUGGUGAAGAUACUGGCGGUGGUUCUUACGAUUAUUCAGUUGUCCCCAUGGAAGGUGAUAUAAUCCAUACACCAACAGAUCAACAUUUAACCUCUUCAGGUCGACUUUGGACAAAAUCACCGACAUCUCUUUCAUUUCCAACUAAUGCUCAUGGAAUAUCAUCUUCAAUUUCAUCUUCAUCAAUAUCUACAAUCUCAUCAUCUGGAUUAACCUAUUCUCUUGAUGAAAGAAUGGCUCAACUUGAAGAUACUCUGAAUAGUAUUGAUGAAGAGCGAUGUCCAGUUAAAAUAAUGUCGGUCAACCUCGAGAAGGACGAUAAUGGUGGCCUGGGAAUCUAUGUAACACCAAAACCCACCGAGGAUAAUACCGUUGGCUAUAUUAUCGCAGAUUUUGAGCCCGAUGGUCCAGCGGACAGGAGUGGUCAGUUACAGAGACAAGAUCAAGUUCUAAUGGUCAAUGGAGUAUCUUUAAGAGGAUUAGGUCUUCCGGAUGCUUUAUCAUUACUUAAAGAAUCGGAAAGACUUGUACAGUUAAUUGUUGCUCGAAAAGUUGAUUAUUUUGAUGCUUUUGAUGAAACGGAUACCGUUAGCUCAAUAAUUGACUCAACUACUCUUGAAAAUGGUCCACCCUUACCGAUAACAUCUCAGCCUGUUAAUAAUAAUAAUGUUGUCACAACAACAACAAGAUCAACAUCUAAUUUCAAUCGUCACCGUAACUCAUCAUUAUCAGGGGCAAUUCCUGAGUUGGAAACAGUUGAUCAACAAUUGCAAGAUGAUUAUCAAGAAAACAAAACAAAUUCAAUGAUCUCUUCAGGUCUUUGUACAGUCCCUCGAAAACCCAAAUUACCGUUAGGAACCAGUCGACACACAAUCGUAUUCAAAAAAGGUCCAGGCUGCCGGAAAUUGGGCUUCAGCUUAGUCGGUGGUAAGGAUUCACCUAAAGGAGCCAUGGGAAUUUUCGUGAAAACCAUAGUGCCCAAUGGUCAAGCUGCCGAAGAAAAUAAAUUAAAAGAAGGUGAUGAGAUUCUGUCAAUUAAUGGACACACAAUGGAGGGAUUAACUCAUGGUGAAGCCAUUGGAAUAUUUAAAUCAAUCAAAACUGGUGAUCUUGUCUUAACUGUACUCAGAAGGAAUCGACAAUUAAUCAAAAAUCCACUUAAUUCAAAGUCUUGCUCAAAUUUGGAAAUCAUUGAAACCAAUUGAUUAUGGGGAUUGACCAGUUGAUUAGUUAAUCAUCUUUGGCUUAAUUGUCGUUUAACAAUUUACAUAAACUGCCUCAUUAAUGUGAUUUGUGAUUUCCAUUCUCAUAAUUUAUUUAAUUGUCAUCAUCAACCAUUGUCAUCUGAAUGAAAUCCUAGUCUAUUCCAAUCACUAUUAUUAUUACUGAGUUUCUCUAUCAUCAUGUUAAUUAACAACUCAACAAUUAAGAUUUUGUAUUUGUUUAAUUACCUUUCGUAUUAAUUUUUGUCCUUCUCAUUGUAAUUAAGAUUCCUUAAGUGAUCCUUAAUUUUUAUACUUGAUUUAAAACCAUUGUAAUUAAACUAAAUUCAAUUUUGAAAAUUUAAUUUCUAUUCAUUAUUUUUACCUCAACAAUUAGAAACAAUUAAAUCACAAUUAACCUUGA